AUGAAGGGAGUGUUGAGAUUUGGCAAGAAGGGUAAGUUGAACCCUUGGUUCAACGGGCCAUUUGAGAUCCUGGAACAGAUUGGUCCUGUAGCUUACUUACUGGUCUUGCCCCCAUCUCUUUCUGCAGUUCACAAUGAUUUUCAUGUUUCCAUGUUGAGGAUGUAUGUAGCAGACUCAUCUCAUGUUGUGAAUUAUGAGCCUUUGCAUUUGAAUGAGAAACUGAGCUAUGAAGAAAAGCUCAUUCAAAUCCUGUCCAAGGAAGUGAAAGUUUUGCACAACAAGGAGAUAGCAUUGGUAAAGGUCCUUUGGCAGAAUCAUCAGUUCGAGGAAGCAACGUGGGAGCGCGAGGACGACGUGAGGGCAUAUUAUCCUGAGCUUUUUCAGGACUAG